UGCCUGCGGCUCGUAGUGGCAGACGCCCGCAGAGCAACAGGAGCCCAAGGAAAAAGAAGGAGAAGCAGCCGGGAAAGCGCCGGGGAAAAGAGGCCCUGGAGCAAGGAAGGGUUCCUAGGAGCCCGCGCCCUCCCCUGGGGCAGAUUCUGCAGGUGGGCAUGAUCAGCAGGCAAGAUUGCAAGCCUCUUAUGUAAGGAGCUGAAGAGGAAAUAAAAUAAACAGGAUGAAAAGAUGGCAAUGUUGCCUCCCCCAGGACCACAGAGCUUUGUCCACUUCACAAAACAGUCUCUCGCCCUCAUUGAACAACGCAUUGCUGAACGGAAAACUAAGGAACCCAAAGAAGAAAAGAAAGAUGAUGAUGAAGAAGGCCCAAAGCCAAGCAGUGACUUGGAAGCCGGCAAACCGCUGCCCUUCAUCUACGGAGACAUUCCUCCAGAUAUGGUGUCCGAGCCCCUGGAGGACCUGGACCCAUACUACAAUGACAAAAAAACCUUCAUAGUAUUGGACAAAGAGAAAGCAAUCUUCCGUUUCAAUGCCACACCUGCAUUGUACAUUUUAUCUCCUUUCAACCCUCUAAGAAGAAUCUGUAUUAAGAUUUUCGUACAUUCCUUUUUCAACAAGUUUAUCAUGUGCACUAUCCUGACGAACUGCAUAUUUAUGACCCUGAGUAAUCCUCCAGAUUGGACCAAGAAUGUAGAGUAUACUUUUACUGGAAUAUAUACUUUUGAAUCACUUGUAAAAAUCUUUGCAAGAGGCUUCUGUGUAGGAGAAUUCACCUUCCUUCGUGACCCAUGGAAUUGGCUCGAUUUUGUCGUCAUUGUUUUUGCAUAUGUGACAGAGUUUGUGGACCUGGGCAAUGUCUCAGCGUUGAGAACAUUCAGAGUUCUCCGAGCAUUGAAAACAAUUUCAGUCAUUCCAGGCCUGAAGACCAUCGUGGGGGCCCUGAUCCAGUCUGUGAAGAAGCUCUCUGACGUCAUGAUCCUGACUGUGUUCUGCCUGAGCGUGUUUGCGCUGAUUGGGCUGCAGCUCUUCAUGGGCAACUUGAAGCAUAAAUGUUUGCGAGACCCACUAGAAAUUAAUGAAACAUUAGACAAGUUCCUGGAUACCUUGGAGAGUGAAGAAGACUAUAGAAAAUAUUUUUAUUACAUGGAAGGAUCCAAAGAUGCUCUCCUUUGUGGUCUCAGCACAGAUUCAGGUCAAUGUCCAGAAGGGUACAAAUGUAUGAAAGCUGGAAGAAACCCUGAUUAUGGCUACACAAGCUUUGACGCCUUCAGCUGGGCUUUCUUAUCCUUGUUUAGGUUAAUGACCCAGGAUUACUGGGAAAACCUUUACCAGCAGACACUGCGUGCUGCUGGGAAAACCUACAUGAUCUUCUUUGUUGUGGUGAUUUUCUUGGGCUCCUUUUAUCUAAUAAACUUGAUCCUAGCUGUGGUUGCCAUGGCCUACGAAGAACAAAAUCAGGCAAACAUCCAAGAAGCUAAGCAGAAAGAGUUGGAAUUUCAACAGAUGUUAGACCGACUUAAAAAAGAACAAGAAGAAGCUGAGGCAAUAGCAGCAGCAGCAGCUGAAUAUACAAGUAUUGGGAGAAGCAGAAUCAUGGGCUUCUCAGAGAGUUCUUCUGAAACAUCCAAACUGAGCUCUAAAAGCGCUAAAGAGAGAAGAAACAGAAGGAAGAAAAAGAAUCAGAAGAAGCUCUCCAGUGGGGAAGAAAAAGGAGAUGAUGAAAAAUUGUCCAAGUCUGAAUCAGAGGAGAGCAUCAGGAGAAAAAGUUUCCACCUUGGCGUUGAAGGGCCUAGGCGAGCACGGGAGAAGAGAUUGUCUACCCCCAAUCAGUCACCACUCAGCAUUCGUGGCUCCUUGUUUUCUGCAAGGCGCAGCAGCAGAACAAGUCUUUUCAGUUUCAAGGGUCGAGGAAAAGAUAUCGGGUCUGAGACCGAAUUUGCCGACGACGAGCACAGCAUUUUUGGAGACAAUGAGAGCAGAAGGGGCUCCCUGUUUGUGCCCCACCGGCCCAGGGAGCGGCGCAGCAGCAACAUCAGUCAAGCCAGCAGGUCCCCCUCGAUGCUGCCGGUGAACGGGAAGAUGCACAGUGCCGUGGACUGCAAUGGGGUGGUCUCCCUGGUUGAUGGACCCCCAGCCCUCAUGCUCCCCAAUGGACAGCUUCUGCCAGAGGUGAUAAUAGAUAAGGCAACUUCUGAUGACAGUGGUACAACCAACCAAAUGCGCAAGAAAAGACGUUCCAGUUCUUAUUUCCUUUCUGAGGAUAUGUUAAAUGAUCCCAUGCUCAGACAAAGAGCAAUGAGUAGAGCAAGCAUAUUAACAAACACUGUGGAAGAACUUGAAGAGUCCAGACAAAAAUGUCCACCUUGGUGGUACAGAUUUGCACGUACUUUCUUGAUCUGGAAUUGCUCUCCAUAUUGGAUAAAAUUCAAAAAGCUUAUCUAUUUUAUUGUAAUGGAUCCUUUUGUAGAUCUUGCAAUUACAAUUUGCAUAGUUUUAAACACAUUAUUUAUGGCUAUGGAGCAUCACCCAAUGACUGAAGAAUUCAAAAACGUGCUCUAUGUGGGAAAUUUGGUAUUUACUGGGAUCUUUGCAGCUGAAAUGGUUUUAAAACUAAUUGCCAUGGAUCCAUAUGAGUAUUUCCAAGUAGGCUGGAAUAUUUUUGACAGCCUUAUUGUGACUUUAAGCUUAGUGGAGCUUUUUCUAGCAAAUGUGGAGGGAUUGUCAGUUCUGCGAUCAUUCAGACUGCUCCGGGUGUUCAAGCUGGCAAAAUCCUGGCCCACACUGAAUAUGCUGAUAAAGAUCAUUGGUAACUCAGUGGGGGCUCUGGGUAACCUCACCUUGGUGUUGGCAAUCAUUGUCUUCAUUUUUGCGGUGGUCGGCAUGCAGCUCUUUGGGAAGAGCUACAAAGAAUGUGUCUGCAAAAUAUCCAAUGAUUGUGAACUCCCCCGCUGGCACAUGCACGACUUCUUCCACUCCUUCCUGAUUGUGUUCCGUGUGCUGUGUGGAGAGUGGAUAGAGACCAUGUGGGACUGUAUGGAAGUCGCUGGUCAAGCCAUGUGCCUUAUUGUUUUCAUGAUGGUCAUGGUCAUCGGAAACCUAGUGGUCCUGAACCUAUUUCUGGCUUUAUUAUUGAGCUCAUUUAGUUCAGACAAUCUUACAGCCAUUGAGGAAGACACUGAUGCAAACAACCUCCAGAUCGCAGUGGCCAGAAUUAAGAAGGGAAUAAAUUAUGUGAAACAGAACUUACGUGAAUUAAUUCUAAAAGCAUUUUUCAAAAAGCCAAAGAUUUCCAAGGAAAUAAGACGAGCAGAAGAUCUAAAUAAUAAGAAGGAAAACUUUAUCUCUAACCGUACACUUGCUGAAAUGAAAAAAGAUCACAGUUUCCACAAGGAAAAAGAUAAAACCAGCGGUUUUGGAAGCAGCAUGGACAGAUACAUGAUGGAAGAAAAUGAUUAUCAAUCAUUUAUUCAUAAUCCCAGCCUCACAGUGACGGUGCCAAUUGCACCUGGGGAAUCUGAUUUGGAAAAUAUGAAUACCGAGGAACUUAGCAGUGACUCAGAUAGUGACUACAGCAAAGAGAGACUGAACCAAUCAAGUUCUUCUGAGUGCAGUACUGUUAAUAACCCUCUGCUAGGAGGAGGAGAGGAAGCAGAGGCUGAACCUGUCAAUCCAGACGAGCCAGAGGCCUGUUUCACAGAUGGUUGUGUACGGAGGUUUCCAUGCUGCCAAGUUAACAUAGAGUCAGGGAAAGGAAAAAUAUGGUGGAACAUAAGGAAAACCUGCUACCGGAUAGUUGAACACAGCUGGUUUGAAAGCUUCAUUGUUCUCAUGAUCCUGCUCAGCAGUGGGGCUCUGGCUUUUGAAGAUAUUUAUAUUGAAAAGAAAAAGACCAUUAAGAUUAUUCUGGAGUAUGCUGACAAGAUAUUCACUUACAUCUUCAUUCUGGAAAUGCUUCUAAAAUGGGUGGCAUAUGGUUACAAAACAUAUUUCACCAAUGCCUGGUGUUGGCUGGAUUUCUUAAUUGUUGAUGUUUCUUUGGUUACAUUGGUAGCAAACACCCUUGGCUACUCAGACCUUGGCCCCAUUAAGUCGCUCCGGACACUUAGAGCUUUAAGACCUCUAAGAGCCUUAUCUAGAUUUGAAGGAAUGAGGGUAGUUGUGAAUGCCCUCAUAGGAGCAAUUCCUUCCAUCAUGAAUGUGCUGCUUGUGUGUCUUAUAUUCUGGCUAAUAUUUAGCAUCAUGGGGGUAAAUUUGUUUGCUGGCAAGUUCUAUGAGUGUGUUAACACCACUGAUGGGUCACGGAUUUCUUUAAGUCAAGUUCAAAAUCGUUCCGAUUGUUUUGCCCUUAUGAAUGUCAGUCACAAUGUGCGAUGGAAAAACCUAAAAGUGAACUUUGAUAAUGUUGGACUUGGCUACCUAUCGCUGCUUCAAGUUGCAACAUUUAAGGGAUGGAUGGAUAUUAUGUAUGCAGCAGUUGAUUCCGUUAAUGUAGACCAGCAGCCUGAGUAUGAACACAGCCUCUACAUGUAUCUUUAUUUUGUCAUCUUUAUCAUCUUCGGGUCAUUCUUCACUUUGAACCUGUUCAUUGGUGUCAUCAUAGAUAAUUUCAACCAACAGAAAAAGAAGAUAAGUCAAGACAUCUUUAUGACAGAAGAACAGAAGAAAUACUAUAAUGCAAUGAAAAAGCUGGGGUCCAAGAAGCCACAAAAGCCAAUUCCUCGGCCAGGGAAUAAACUCCAAGGAUGUAUAUUUGACAUGGUAACAAACCAAGCUUUUGAUAUCACUAUCAUGGUUCUCAUCUGUCUGAACAUGGUAACCAUGAUGGUAGAGAAAGAGGGGCAGAGUCAAUAUAUGACUGAUGUUUUAUAUUGGAUAAAUUUGGUUUUCAUUAUCCUUUUCACUGGAGAAUGUGUGCUGAAACUGAUCUCCCUCAGACACUACUACUUCACUAUAGGAUGGAACAUUUUUGAUUUUGUGGUUGUGAUUCUCUCCAUUGUAGGUAUGUUUCUGGCUGAGCUGAUAGAAAAAUAUUUUGUGUCCCCUACCUUGUUCCGAGUUAUCCGUCUUGCCAGGAUUGGCCGAAUCUUGCGCCUGAUCAAAGGAGCAAAGGGGAUCCGCACGCUGCUCUUUGCUUUGAUGAUGUCCCUUCCUGCGUUGUUUAACAUCGGCCUCCUACUCUUCCUGGUCAUGUUCAUCUAUGCCAUCUUUGGAAUGUCCAACUUUGCCUAUGUUAAGAGGGAAGCUGGGAUUAAUGACAUGUUCAAUUUUGAAACCUUUGGCAACAGCAUGAUCUGCCUAUUCCAAAUCACCACCUCUGCUGGCUGGGAUGGUUUGUUAGCACCAAUUCUCAACAGCGCACCACCCGACUGUGACCCCAAAAAAGUGCACCCUGGAAGUUCAGUUGAAGGAGACUGUGGAAACCCAUCUGUUGGGAUAUUCUAUUUCGUCAGUUACAUCAUCAUAUCAUUUCUGGUUGUGGUGAACAUGUACAUUGCUGUCAUCCUGGAGAACUUCAGUGUUGCUACUGAAGAAAGUACAGAGCCCCUGAGUGAGGAUGACUUUGAGAUGUUCUAUGAGGUGUGGGAGAAGUUUGAUCCUGAUGCCACACAGUUUAUAGAGUUCUCCAAACUCUCUGAUUUUGCAGCUGCCCUGGAUCCUCCUCUUCUCAUAGCAAAACCAAACAACGUCCACCUCAUUGCCAUGGAUCUGCCCAUGGUCAGUGGUGACCGGAUCCACUGCCUCGACAUUUUAUUUGCCUUCACAAAGCGUGUUUUGGGUGAAGGUGGAGAGAUGGACUCUCUCCGUUCACAAAUGGAAGACAGGUUCAUGUCCGCAAAUCCUUCUAAAGUGUCCUAUGAACCCAUCACAACUACGCUAAAGCGAAAACAAGAGGAUGUAUCAGCUACUGUCAUUCAGCGUGCAUAUAGACGUUAUCGCUUACGGCAAAAUGUUAAAAAUUUAUCAAGUAUAUACAUAAAAGAUGGAGACAGAGAUGAUGGUUUGCCCAGUAAAGAAGAUAUGGCUUUUGUUAUUGUUAAUGAGAACUCAAGUGCAGAAAAAACAGAUGCAACCCCAUCCACCACCUCUCCACCUUCAUAUGAUAGUGUAACAAAGCCAGACAAAGAGAAAUACGAAAAAGACAAAGCAGAAAAGGAAGAGAAAGAGAAAGAUGGCAAGGAAAGCAAAAAAUAAUGCUUCAUUUUUUAUAUAUUGUUUACAGCCUGCAAAGGUGAUAUUAUUUGUGUUAAGACUCUUUUAAGGAGGUC